UUAACAGUUUGACUUCAGUCAGGCUCCGAACAUUCGUAUAUUCUUAUUGUCGCAUUUCAUACGGCAUCAUGGUCGCAAAAGUUUUCUGUGUCACUGUAGUUGUAGUAUUUUUCUUGUCGGCGAGGGCAGAGGCUGAUAAUGAGCCGAGUGCUUGUAAACUAUCUACAGAAGAACAGUUAUUGGACAAAGUGAUAAGAACGGAAGUGAAAGUAGAAGCGAUGUUGAGUGAGAUCAGGAAAACUGAGGAAAAUGUCCUCUCUGUUCUUGAAUAUCGUAAACAGGACGUGCAGAAAACAUUGACAGAGUUAAAGGAAACCAAUGCGGCUGAAAUUGGGCAGAUAAAAGGGAAAAUGGAAAGUGUUGUAAAAGGAAAUAGUGCUAAAAUGGAUAUAGGCUCUUCAUACGUACGAUGGGGACGUACAACCUGUCCAGAUGAUAACGAAUUAGUGUACAAAGGUUAUGCCGCUGGAUCAUCCUAUACAUCAAAAGGUGGAGCAGCAAACUACAUUUGUCUAACAGAAGAGCCACAGUGGGGAUUUUACGAAGAAAGCGUAGCAGCCGGAACGCAGGUACACGGUGGAGAAUAUGAGUUAGGCGACCAUCAUGCCGAUGGGGGGAGCAAAUAUUUCAAAAAGAAUCUAAAUGAUCAAGAUGCUCCAUGUUCUUUGUGCCGAACUCCACGUUCUUCUGUGACCAUGAUACCGGGUCGACUGGAAUGCUUUUCUGGGUGGACAAAAGAGUAUAGUGGCUACCUUGCAGCAGGGGCUUCAGGCCACGCAUCGGCCACAGAGUUUAUUUGUUUAGACAGCGACGCUGAAAUGAUCUCUGGUGGUGCAGCUAACAGAGACGGACGACUUUUUUACCUCGCUGAAGUCAGCUGUGGCUCUCUCCAAUGUCCUCCAUAUAUUGAGGGCCGUGAACUUACGUGCGUGGUUUGCAGCAAGUAAAAUGACUCACAGAGAAACAAACUAAUGAUCAACAAGUGAUAGAAAAUGUCUGUAUAAAGUCCGUAAAUCUAAUUAUGUACGUGUUUUAUUUACGUCUAAGACUGCGUGUUCAGACGUUUGUUAAGACGUUUAGUGUAUAAACCCUGUUUUGAGACGAAAUAACCAUUUGUAGAAUGCGUGAGGAAUUAUUAUAUUUAGAUUAUCUGCAUUUUUGUAUAUUAUAUGCUAUGUUAGUGGUACUAACGCAUUUUGGUACUCGGUACCAAAUGCGGCCGAGUUUUGGUCGAACAAAAGGUGCAUACAAUCUGUGAAUAGAACAUUGAAUGAAAUGAA